AUGGUAGCAUUUAAUCCUGAUGAAGUUAUGAAAGCAUGUGUUGAAAUGGUUGUAGUUGAUGAGCUUCCUUUUAGCUUCGUUGAAAAGCAAGGCUUUAGGCAUUUUUGUCAUGUUGCAGUGCCAAUGUUUAAGGUCCCUUGUAGGAAAACUUUGGUUAUAAAUUUUCUUACAUUGUAUGAUAAGACAAAGAAGAAGUUGAAAACUGAUUUAGCACACUAUAGGGUCUGCCUAACCACUGACACUUGGACAAGUGUUCAAAAUUUCAACUACAUGGUGCUAACAUCACACUUUAUUGAUGAUAAGUGGGAAAUGCAUAAGAGGAUAAUCAAUUUUUGCACUAUUUGUAAUCAUAGUGGGAAUUCCAUAGGUCUUUUGAUUGAGUCAUGUUUGCUUCAAUGGGGGAUUAGCAAGGUUUUAACCAUCACAGUAGAUAAUGCAGCAGCCAAUAAGUGUGCUAUUGAGUUUGUUAGGUCCGAACUUAACAAAAGAGAAAAACCACAAUCAAUGUUAGAGGGUAAGUACAUGCAUGUUAGGUGUAUUGCCCAUAUUUGUAAUUUGAUUGUUGGUAGUGAGUUGAAGAGACUAAAUAGAUCAGUGUUGGCCAUCAGAAAUGCGGUGAUGUUUGUUAGGUCUUCACCAGCAAGGUUAGAUAGUUUUAAGGCAUGUGUAGAACAGGAACAGAUCCCUUGCAGAGGAUUGGUUGUUAUGGAUGUUCCCACUAGGUGGAAUUCAACAUUCUUAAUGUUGGAAGCUGCCUUGAAGUUCAAAGCAGCCUUUGCAAGGAUGGAGGAGCAACCGGACAGCUGCUUUUCAGCCUAUUUCAAAGAGCCUGAGGAAGAGUAUGAUGAGGAAGGAAAUUUGGUUCCAAGUAAAAGCAAGAGGCCUAGAGUUGGGCCUCCAUCCGAGGAUGAAUGGGAUAAGGCAGAAAUGUUUGUGCAGUUUCUUAGGGUAUUCUAUGAAGUAACUCUAAGAGUUAGUGCAAGUAAUAGGCCCACAAUCCAUACCACUUUUCAUGAUGUGUUGUCAAUCGAAUCGGAGAUUAGCAAGCUCUUCAUAGAACCUGAUAUUGCAAUAGGUUUGGACACCCAGAAGGUUUCGAGUGAUAUGGCAGAAAAUAUGAGGUCCAUAUUCAUCAAGUAUUAUGGUGGCUUUCGGGAUUUGAAUCCCUUGGUGUUUAUGGGGCUGAUCCUUGAUCCUAGAUUCAAGCUAAGGAAAGUAGUUUCUGAGCUUGAUGAGGCUGUGGUUUCACAUGAAGUAGACAAAUACUUGUUGGACCCUCUUGAAUUCACAAAUGAGAAGGAAGGGUUCGAGUUCCCGAUUCUGUUAUGGUGGAAGAUCAAUGGAGCCAAGUACCCUAUACUUCAAGCAAUAGCCAAAGAUGUGUUGGCUGUUCAAGUUUCGACAGUUGCAUCGGAGUCCGCUUUCAGCACCGGAGGGAGAGUAAUCGACAACUUUAGGAGUUCAUUGACUCCUAAAUUUGUCGAAGCAUUGAUUGUCUACAAAUUUUCAGUUUUCGCUUUUUACAUUUCAGUUUCUGCAUUUAUUUUUUACAUUCUGACUAUAGUUUCUUGUGUUUUGUACUUUGUUGUAAAACGAGGAUGGGAUGCCCAAGUUCUCGGUGAAGCCCCCUAUAAAUUUAAGAAUGUUGUUGAAGCUAUCAAGACAUUGAGAGCAGAACCAAAUGCCAAUGACCAGUAUCUACCUCCUUUUGUUAUUGUUGAUGAUAGUGGAAAGCCUGUGGGCCCAAUAGUUGAUGGUGAUGCUGUUGUAACAUUCAACUUCUGA